AUGGCUGAAGAAGAAAAUGAAUGCGAUGAUGAACCGACGACUUUCAGAAGAUCCGAAAUCACCAAAACGAUCACUCGGCCUCAUUCGCAAGUUAAGAGAAAUCUGCCGAUUAUUGAAACGCCACAACCCGUGCACACAGCGACCAGUCUUUCGAAACCUCCUCUUUCAUCCACACAGCCAAUUCAACUCCCAGCUCUUCCCAUCGAUCCGAAAUCAACCGGGUUUUUGAAAAAUUCAAGCUCCUCUAUCGAGAAGCUUGAAAAAAACUUAAACAACAACGAGAAAUCGGAUUCGAACCAGAAUGCGCUUCGAUUAGACGAAAAAACGAAUAUGGCCAGUUCAUCGACUACAGCGUCAACUGUGAGCGUGCCAAAAGGAGAGAAUGCGCCGAUUCGAACCCGCCAACACACGGUGACAGUUCUUUCAACGGGCGCUCAAGAAGUGAAAACCGCAUUUGCUGCUUUAAAAGCGACAGAGAACCCGAUCAACUCGGAUGAGUUGGAAAGACGAAUGUUGGCACUUGUCACAAAAAUCGAAAAAGAAACUUUGACAAAAUUGGAUAAGAUUCGGAAAGAUUCGGCUCGAGAAUUGGCAAGAAUGAAAGAACAAGGAGAGGCGAAUCAACGAACUCUCGAAUUGAACACUCAAGAGUUGCAUCGACAAAUCGAGAAUUUUGCGAAUCGAAUGCCGAAUAUGGCAACAAUGACCGCAUCGACGUUGAUGAGUCCGGAUGAUACGAGAAGUUUGAAAAAGGAGAGAGAUCAGCUGGAGAUGGAAUUGAAAGCUGUUCAUGAUGCGUAUCGAAAUAUGUUCAAUAUGUAUGACAAGUUGAAAGCGCUGAAUAGGGAUUUGAAAGAGGACAACGAUCAACUCCGAGAAGUCGAAGGCAUUUACAAGGAACAACUCUUGAAAGGACAAGAAAAAUAUUUGAAAAUGGUGGAACAAGCAAAAGAACGAUUGAAUCAAGCAAAUGAAUGCAUUUUAUCAUUGGAAAAGAGAAGUGAAGAUGAUACGAUAACAUUGAGAGCGAAAUUGAAGAGAACCGAACUGCAACUGAAUGCAACGAUGCAACAAUUGGAGAUCAAGAAAAAAGAAUGUCAAGAGCUCAAUGAAAUCUGUCAAGCACUGCUCGCGAAAGCCGAAAUAGGAUCCGAUUCAGAUGCU